ACGUAUCUACCGAACCGACACCGGUUCGAGUGGGACUCAGCCUGCGAGUGUGAAAACUCCAAAAACGUCGAUACCAACUAGAAAAUUUUCAAACAUUUUGGGAAUUCCGAUUCUUUCCAAGAAACUCCAUAGCCAUUCAUAAAACUCGUGGCCCCCUGUAAAUCCCUAUAGAUUCUCUCCCUAAUAUUCACACACACACACCUCAAUUGUUGGUUUUUUUGAGUCUCUCAACUGGCUCAUACCUGAUCGAGUUUUGUUUUGAUCAUAAUCUCCGAUGAAUUCUGCUAAACCCUAGUGGAGACAACAAUAUCAUGGUUCAACCAUGCUGACGGCUCACACAUCUGGGGCAAUCAGUAAUUUCCAAACAUAUUUGGAAGCUAAAACACUGCAAGAAGCUUGCUCGUACAAGGUUACAUAUGUCAGCCCUGUCAUUAGCACUGUGAUAUCUCCGAUACAUGGAAGAGGUCCCGGUAAUGCAGCACUGCAGAGUUCCUCUUUCUCUUCCAAAAGCUGCACUAGACUUAAGAUCCAUCACAUCUCACACCCAACAGCUUCUAAGAAAUGGCUGUGUCGAUUUAGUGAAUCUAUGUCGUCAGAUGAUGAGUAUCGUUCAUCACGCAAUAUAGCAAUCAGUUUGUUUAGGCGAUACAGGAACUUCAUUGAGCGGGGAGGAGGUGACAACUUAAAAGAGUUCAUCAGCGCUGGGGUAAAUGCAUAUGCAUUGGGGUGCACUGAUGAAGGACUAAGGAAAGAACUUAUUGAUAUGAAAGAAUCUGGAUUUGAAAUUGAAGCAAUGCAAAAUUAUGGGGGAAACACUAGUCUAAAGUCCAAGAUUUUCUCAGAGGAGAUUGACGAGUGUAUUCUGUGGUUGAGCAUUCUAUUUAUUACCAUCCUGUGUACACCACAGCCAACCAUAGUUCGAUGGUCAUCAACGCCUCCGGUGUCAGACGAAAUACUGCAUCAGUGGAAAGGCUUUUGUGCUAUCAUAGCAAAUGCAUACUAUGUGAGAGGCAUGGCAUGGCUUCCAGUUAAGACUCUUCAACUGGAGCAAAUGGCGGUGGUGGGCCAGGCAGAGGAGCCGUCAGUUGUUGCCAGCCGAAUGAGAUUAGUGUUUAGCACAUUAGAGGUCGUGAGUCCGCAGUGGCCAAGAGUGUAGUAGCAUAGUGGUUCAUGGCCUAAUGGUUGAACGUGAAAAACAUUCUUUAGUAUUGUGUUUCCAUUAGGAAAAUUGUAAUUACUGUAUUUUACCACUCAGCAAAGUGAAUUUUUCAUUUAAAAUUUCCUAAUGAACCUGUAUGUAAUGGAGUAUUAUGUUUGUAUAUGGAAUCUGUGGAAAAAUGAGCUCUAGUUUUGUUUCCAGUUUCAAAUUUUAA